AUGAAACGUUGGUAUGCAUUGUACGACAAGGUCACCGAAGGUGAAGGGUUGAAACGUUCAGCCGAAUUGUCAUCAGAGAAUGAACGUGAAGAUUCCCGAAGGAUAUGUGUAGAUGAUGGCUGCUUCAAUAUUCCCAGGUCAGAGCAUGAUGAUUUUCAAGAACUCCUAUGGUCAGUCGGGAACUUCACACAGAGUUCAUAUGGAGACGUCCUCGGAGAAUUGGUCCCUCGUGGGACGGUGGCCAAGAUCUGCAAAAACAAGAAACAAAUCAGCAAAUUUACCGCUAAGGACUACAACCCCGUCGGUGUAUUGUCAAAUUCACGUCAAUUAUUUGGCGUGGUGAAGUCUGGAGCAAAGGCUGCCAUCUGCAACGGACUGCCCAUCGUUCCGGGCAAAAGAGUUCUUGGUACCGAUUACAUCGUGGAGCAUGUCACAGAGCUUCAAACUCCGGCUCAGUUCACUACCAGCAUGCUUUCAGGAAAACUGCCUAGUGGGGCUGUCGCACCAGGAGCAGCAUCGAACUAUGAUUGGACUCAGGUAUUCUCUCAGAGUGGUUACUUCUUUCAAACUUGGAGUCAGCUUGGAAUUCUCCAACCGAGCGGCUUGAGUGGAAGUACUCCUGCGGAAUCCGUGGCAAUUCCUUUGGGCAGUACCAAUGAUAUUAACAACUUCCAAAUUUUGGAGGCUCCUACAAACGGGCUGAAAGCUGCGGCAUGGCAACUGUUCAAAAACAUCGUCUCAGAAGAUAGGUUUGGUAAACAGAGCCCCGGGGGGAAAAUCGACUUUAUCAAUCGCCUUUAUAAAACCCUUCCAGGAUAUCUUAACCAUGCUGAUGUCCAAGACUCCUUGGAGUACGGCUAUAACGCAAUCAAGACCGCUAUGGAAGCACUUGACCUAGCUGCACAGAACAACGCCAACGUGUCACCAAUCCCAGGCUCGUCGUUUGCUCUGGCUUGGAGAGCAUACGCUUCGGACUUCUUCACAUAAAUGGAAGGUAACCUACAGGUCUUUGUCAGAGCGCGAAUCAACGAGGUUUUACCUUAUUGGAGCUCGAGUGCGGCGAUUAAGCUGUAUACCAAGGCCGGCGCAGCGGCAAUUGUCAAAACUCUGAACUCAAAGCUGUCUAGCCUCUCCACAGACGUUGUCAUCAACAGUACCUUUAU